AUGGGAAAUGAGAGUGAUGUGAAAUCUCUGAUGACGCUGUCGUCGAAGUCGGACGGGUCGGUGGGGCGGGCGCAGCGCUGGAUGAACCCGCCGCUGCACGAGCGUUGCACCAUGCAAGAUAUGGACAAGCUGAGGCUGGCCUUCAAGGAGAGCUUCCGCGGAAAGCUGUUCCCGGAUGAGUUCCGCUGCCUGCUGCGUGACCUGCUGAACGUCGAGUAUGAUGACGAUGAGUUCAAUAUUCUGUUCUUGAAGAUCAACACAAACCGCGACGGCGAGAUCGAGUGGGACGAGCUGGUGUCGCACCUGCUGCUGGGCUACUUCGCCAACGACCCGGAGAACCAGCGAGAGACGCUGGAGCCGCCUAUCAUCGGCCUGCCGCGCGUCAUCCGCUCCAUGCACCGGCAUCCCAUCUCCAGGAUUUGCUUCUGUCCCGAUGUUGACAAGAAUCGUACUACGGACCCGAUGCAGGGCUCGUACAUUACGGCGAGCCGCGACGGUAUGAUCAACUGGUGGUCGCUCAACAUGACGCUGCUGCGCACCGCAUACUCCGCCAGCCCUCACCUGAAGGUGCGCACGACGUGGGUGACGGACAUGGUGUGCAUGCCGGACGUGAACAUCAUUGUCACGUCCUCCACGGAGCGUGACCUGCGCUUCUACGAUUGUACCGCCAAGACUUUCACACUCAAGAUCAUCAUUUCCAGCUGGGAAUAUAUGAUCUGCACGAUGUACUACAAGUUCCACAAGGACGAGGAGGAGAAGUGUAUCCUUAUCUGCGGCGACGUGGGCGGCAACGUGCGUGUGCUGUUGUUCUCGCCCGUGAUGCGCGGCCCCUUCCAGAACCAGGCGGCGCGCGCGCUCAUACAGCUGCGACACGUCGACCUGCAGAAACGACCGCGUAUGCUGCCACAAAUGACUCUGGUGGAGUUCCCGCGCGUGCAUAACGAGUGGGUGCGGCAGGUGUCAUUCUACUCGUCGCUGCACUGCGUCGUGUCCUGCGCCACCUGCUAUGACUCGCUGCUCAUGUGCGACAUCGCCGGCUCCAAAACGCACAACAUGUUCCGCAUCGAGAAGGGCGUUCAAUGCUUCGCGUUCGAGGAAGAAGCUCACGUCCUGGUGACAGGCGGGCCGGACUGCAACGUGCGCGUGUGGAACCCCUUCGUGCCGGCCAAGGCCAACGUGGUGCUGGUGGGCCACCACGCCGGUAUCAUCGCGCUCGUGCUGCAGAACAACGGACAGACCAUCUACUCGCUGUCCAGGGAUCGGGUCAUUAAAGUGUGGGAUGUUCAAGGACAGGUUUGUCAGCAGACGUACAUCGACAUCCCUCCGCAAGUGGGCGAGCGCACGCCGAUCUCCGCCGUGUACAACCCGGCGACGCGAGAGUUCAUCAUGGGCGCUAUCAAGAUCGCCAUCAUUACACUCAGCGAGCAACUCAACCCGGCGCACACUGACGGCUUCACGCACACGCGCGCCGUGUCCAAGAUUCUCUACAACCCGCUCUUCAAGGUCGUUGUUACCUGUGGUAUGGACAGCAUCAUCUGCAACUGGGAUCCGAGGACAGGUCGCCGCAACGUGAUGAUCCGAGACGCGCACACGCGCGUUCUGCACGGCGAGCUGAUCCCGGUGGAGAUCACGGCCGCCUGCUUCGAUCCCGGCUACCAGCUGUUGCUCACCGGCGCGCGCAACGGCACGCUCAAGGUGUGGAACUUCAACAACGGCGUGUGCCUGCGCAACAUGAACGUGGAGCACAUGGCUGAGGUGACCAACGUGUUUUGGGUCGAGGGCAGAAUCUUCUCAAUCGGCUGGAACCGUCAUGUAACGGAGUUCGAGGACAGCGGCACGGCGGCCACGGGCAAGGCGUGGGAGACGCGGCACACGGACGACGUGCUCGCCGCCGCCGCGCGCCCGCCGCUCUCGCUCGCCACCUCCUCCUACAACUCUGAACUAAUCUUCUGGAAGCUCGAGACUGGGCAGCCUUACAGGCGGUUCUCAUGCACAGACCCGAUGUUGCGCAUAAAGAUGGUGUACACGAAGCGCGAGCAGCGACAGGGCACGGCGGCGCGCGGCGGCAAGCACGGCGCCAAGCAGGCCGCCGCCAGCGAACUGCGGCGCCCCUCCCAGUCGCAGCGCGAGGGCGUGAUCGACACGACGUCUGCGGUGGAGAAGGCGCGCGCGCGGCGCGUGUCCACCGUGUCCAUGCCCACGCGCAUCAUGAACAUGCGCCAGCUCGCCGUGCACGCCAUGAUCUUCCUCGAGACGCGUGUCUUCUCCAUGCACGUCGCAUCGUUGAUGUUGGCGUUGGAGAACGGUCAGAUCCAGGCGUGGUCGGACCACCCAGCGGGCGGGCUGAAGGGCUCCUUCCAGGGCAUCCACACUGCCGGCGACUACGUCUCGGCCUUCGCCACCGACGUCGAAAACGAUUACCUCUUCACCGGUACCACCAUGGGCUACAUUAAAGUCUGGCUCAUGACCAACUACUUGAAGAACGAGCAGGUGCACGUGUGCAUGCCGAAGCUCCGCCUGGAGUUCCCGUUCCUGUGGCACGACCGCGUGGAGGGUCGCGCCAAGCGCUCGGUGCGCGACCAGCCGCUGCCGCUGCUGCUCAACUCGUACCGCGCGCAUAUGCGCUGCAUCACCACCAUGGCUUACAUCGACGAACAGAAACUUGUGCUCAGCGGCAGCUCGGACUACUCGGUGCGGCUGUGGCGGCUGACGGGCGAGUACCUGCAGACGCUGGGCGGCAUCGUGCCGUGGUCGCUCGACGUGGCACGCUUCCCGCCCGACGUGCGCAAGGUCGCCUCCUUCACCACGUUCAAGGUGUGGCGUCGCGGGCAGGUGUCCCGCUACGUGCCGGGCCAGAUGGAGGUGGACAAGCUGCGAGACAUCACGGAGCACGAGCUGCGCACCAAGACGUACGGCAAGCCGGCGCCCGAGCCGCUGCUGGGCCACUACUUCCACCUGCCCAGUCGCCCCGAGCACCAGGACACCAUAAAACUCGACGACUCGCUGCCUACUAUCCCCCUGUACGCGCACCUGCGCAUGGCGUCGACGCAGCCGGUGCGGCGGCCGCCCACGCCCGAGCUGGUGCGCGAGACGCGGCUCAAGAAGGAGCACGCCAAGAAGGCGCACUUCGAGCGCCCGCAGUCCUCCACCACGCACCAGACGCAUCGACCCAACUAAUUCUCGUGCCACGGUUCGGAAGGACUACGGCAGGGGGCCUGGCCAACUUGCAAGCGUUUCGAUUUCGCAACCUGCUAGCGUAUAACAUACUCGCGUAAAUUGAGACGUCGAUUAGGACGUACUGCAAACUACCCAAUCUACAUAUAGAAACGUUUGCAACUUUUCUAAGCCGAGUUGCUAUGUUUCUAAGCGUUUCUUCUUCCGUCUCAACUGGCUCACUGCAUUCAUAGUAGGUACUCAUUUUUAUUCAGCUCAAACUGUCCGACAGCUUGUCCAAAGCUUGUAAGGGCCUA